AUGGCAAUGACAUUUUCAUUCUCACUUGCAGGGUUUUACUUGUUCGUCGGUAGUUCCAUCUACCAUGAUACAGAGGACGUCGCUCGCAUCAUGUCACCGAUUGCCACAGCAUCACCAUCAAUAUCAUCGUGUGUAGAGUUCUGGUAUCACAUGUGGGGAAGGGAUGUCGAAACCCUCAAUGUCUACAUCAAACCUGAAUCUAUGGCCUUGCCUUCGACGCCAGUGACAAAAUUAACAGGCGACCAGGGAAACUACUGGCAUCGAAGAACAUUCACUGUACCAGCAGGGUCCGGAGAAUACAGGGUGGUAUUUGAAGGUAUACCUGGGGUGUACAUACGUGAUGACAUCGCAAUAGAUGACGUCAGGUUAUUCGUGGAACAAAGCUGUCCAGAAUUUGUUACGGAGCCCCCUCAGCCUACUACCAUGCCUCCAGGAAGAGACAACAUCGAUUGCGAUUUCGAAGACGAUUUUUGCGAUUACAUGCAAGAGUUGGACGCCGACUACGGGGAUUGGGAGCGACGUCAGGGUUUGGAUGGUCGUGAUUGGCCGGCGUUUAGUCGUACGGGACCGACAAAGGAUCACACGUUGGAUACGAGAUAUGUGUACCCACCACCGCUGGCAUACACGCCAGUCCAAAUAACAAAGGCGUGGCACCAAAGUGCUGGCUUUCCCAGCCAAGGAGCUGCUGAAAGGUGCAUUGCUGCUGCACCCUAUGCUUGCUUAUCUGCAGUCUGCUGA